AUGACUGCUGUUAACAACACCAAAGGUUUUGACUUCAUUGUCGUUGGCGGUGGCACUGCUGGCUGCGUUGUUGCCGGUCGUUUGGCUGAGAACCCCGAGGUCAACGUUCUCGUCAUCGAGGCCGGCGUCAGCAACCCCAAGGAUAACGACACCAUCACCACACCUGCUCGCGCCUUUGAACUUCGGGGUAGCAAGUGGGAUUGGGGCUACAAGACGACGAUGAUCGACCGUCCCGACUAUACUCGCGUCGAGAAGCCCAACACCCGUGGCAAGGUUCUCGGCGGCAGCAGUUGCCUCAACUACUACACUUGGAUCCGCGGCAGUGCGGCUACUUUCGACGAGUGGGCCGCCUACGGCGGUGACGAGUGGACCUGGGACGCCUGCAAGGCGUACUUUGACAAGCCCGCUACGUUCCAUGAUGACCAGGGUCUCUUCCCCAAGCACUUGCAGCACAUUGGUACUUCGGGACCUCUGCAUGUCUCUCCUGCGGAACUCGUCUCCGAGGUUGCCCCAUUUCGAGAAGCGCUGAAGACAGCCUGGGUCAGCAAAGGUGAGAAGCUGAAUAAUGAGAUCUACGACGGCGAGAUGCAUGGCCUGGCCACAGCUGUCAGCUCGAUCUACAAGGGAACACGUUCAUCCAGCUGGCUCUUUCUCGAAGGCAAGAAGAACGUCACUGUUCUAGGCCAGAGCAGCUCCAAGCGCCUCAUCAUCGAGGACGGCAAGGCUGUCGGGGUCGAGGUCAUUGGCCCCGAUGGGCAAGACCUCAGUUUCCGUGCCAAGUACGAGGUCAUUGUCGCUUCUGGCGUGUACGAGUCGCCCAAGCUUCUGAUGCUGUCGGGAAUUGGCCCCAAGGAGCAUUUGCAGUCCUUUGGUAUCGAGACUAUUGUUGACUCACCCCACGUCGGACAAAACCUGCUUGAUCACCCCAUCAUGCCUCAUGUCUUCAAGCUCAAGGAUGGCUAUGGUCUGGAUAACCAUCUUCUCCGCGCCGGUCCGGAGAAAGAUGGCGCCGUGUCUUCUUACCGCUGGAAGCACCGAGGCCCUCUGAGCAGUGGCCUUCUGGAGCUGGUUGGCCUGCCUCGAAUCGACGAUCGCCUCAAGAAUUGCGACGAGUAUACCGAACAUCUCGACAAGAAUGGCGGUGUUGAUCCUUUUGGCCCUGGUGGACAACCUCACUUUGAGAUCGACUUUGUUGUAAGCCCUCCCCUGUCCAACUUCUCUAAGUCUUUAGUGCUGACGAAGCUCUUCAAGCCCAUGUUUUGCGACGCUUUCCAGUGGCAUAUUCCUACCCCACCGCAGGGUGAUUACUUCACCGUCAUCGUCGACUUACUGCGCCCAUUGUCUCAGAACGGCACCGUCAAGCUCAACUCCACCGACCCGCUUGAGCAGGCUAACAUCAACAUCAACUUCUUCUCGAACGAUCUUGACCUCAUUGCUAUGCGAGAAGGUGUCCGCUUCGUCGACGAUAUCAUCAUGAACGGAGAAGGCAUGAAGGACAUCAUCGAGGGAGACUACCCCUGGCCUAUGCCCCGGACUUCUGAUGAGGCCAUGAUCAAGAUGAUCUUGGAGCGCUCUCAAACUGGUUUCCAUCCCUGCGGCACCACUCGCAUGUCCAAGAACAUUGAACAGGGUGUUGUGGAUAGCAAGCUUCGCGUCCAUGGCGUUGAACACCUUCGAGUUAUUGAUGCUUCGGUGUUCCCCGUCAUCCCAGACUGCCGAAUUCAAAACGCUGUCUACAUGGAUGCAGAGAAAACAUCGGACGCCAUCAAGGCAGCCUAUCCUGAGCUGUUCCAGUGA